AUGUCUGUGCAAGAAACGCCUUCCAAAACCACAGCCAACGCUCUGUCUACCCUCGACCUGUCCGCUGCCGACAAGAAGGACCUGACCGCUACGCUGACCGCCGCUGCCAAGGCCAAGGCCGCCGCUAAUGGCGUCGAGGAGACGUCCGAGGACUUGUCCGACAAGGCCAAGGAACACAAGGACUUCCUGGCAAAACACAAGGUCCACCGUCACAAGCUGAUGCAGAUGGAGAAGGACGAGCCGUUGCUGGUCGAAAACAAGAGAAGAUUCGUCCUGUUCCCUAUCAAGUACCACGAGAUUUGGCAGAUGUACAAGAAGGCAGAGGCGUCGUUCUGGACUGCCGAGGAAAUCGAUCUGUCCAAGGAUCUGCACGACUGGAACCACAAGCUCAACGAGAACGAGAGAUACUUUGUUUCGAGAGUGCUGGCGUUCUUUGCUGCCUCCGACGGCAUUGUCAACGAGAACCUGGUCGAGAACUUCUCCGCGGAGGUGCAGGUUCCCGAGGCCAAAUGUUUCUACGGGUUCCAGAUCAUGAUGGAGAACAUCCACUCGGAAACGUACUCUCUUCUGAUCGACACCUACGUCAAGGACCCUAAGGAGGCCGAGUUCCUGUUCAACGCCAUCGAGACCAUCCCAUGCAUCAAGGAGAAGGCCGAGUGGGCGAUGAGAUGGAUCAACGACGACGAGGCGCUGUUUGCCGAGAGGCUCGUCGCGUUUGCUGCCGUCGAGGGCAUUUUCUUCUCUGGCUCGUUUGCCUCGAUCUUCUGGCUGAAGAAGAGAGGCCUGAUGCCUGGUCUGACCUUUUCGAACGAGCUGAUCUGCAGAGACGAGGGUCUGCACACCGACUUUGCCUGUCUGCUCUUCUCGCACCUCAACAACACCCCCAACAACGACAUUGUGCUCAAGAUCAUCACCGAGGCCGUCGAGAUCGAAAAGAGAUACUUCACCGACGCCCUGCCUGUCAACCUGCUGGGAAUGAACUGCAGUCUGAUGUGCCAGUACGUGGAGUUUGUUGCUGACCGGCUGCUUUUGUCCCUGGGCUGCAAGAAGCACUACAAUGCCACGAACCCGUUCGACUUCAUGGAAAACAUCUCUCUUGCAGGCAAGACCAACUUCUUCGAGAAGAGAGUGUCCGACUACCAGAAGGCGGGCGUCAUGGCCAAGAACACCCAGGAAAAGGCCGACACCGAGACCGGCUUCACCUUCGACGAGGAUUUCUAA